CCAGCGCGCCGGGACGGUACACCCCGUCUGAUCGCGGAGCGGGAUUAUGAAACUUUCAUUCUCUUUUUCAGUCAUAUCUUGAGAAAAAAAAAAACAUAAAAUUACAAUUUUCGAGUGCCUGUAAUGCUAUGUUGAACAUCGGUAACAAACUGCCAUAUAAUGGAAUUGUAAGUGCUGAAAUACUAGUGGCGGGAAACGGUUUGAUAUCUCGCUUGACGUGUUGUGUCUUAUGUGUACAUAGAGCGAGAGGAGCCGUCUGCCUGCCUCGAGGGCGGCCGACAUGCUGGGUUCGCCGUGAAUCGAUAUUUUUGGAACGUUGUGGAGCAGAAACCAUGAGGUUCGAAGCUCAAUAAAGGAGUGAAGAUGGAAAAUGCGAGAAGUGACCAAUGACAGCAUGUCCCCGGCGCGAGCGAUGACCCCGCAGGCCGCCGGGCGUCGCUCGGACCCCCGCCGACCUGCACCGUGCGACUCGCCCACCAAUCCACCCUCAAUGCCAUAUUUUAUAGAAAAUUUCACGCUUAUUAGGCUAUGUCUACAAUCUCUACGGGUGAUAUCACAUUUAUAUCAAAAUGCCAACGCUUGUCUACCGCGAGUGAGCGGCAACUUUAAUUUUUCAAAGCGUCCGCUAGUCAAAUUAAAAGCUGUGAGUAAUGUAUUUAGCUUUCGAACUAGAACAGUGUAUUGUGAUGUUAAGUCGUUGUUAGUGAAAACUUUAGUGCAAUUAUUCAUUGUUGCCAAGUGCGUUGUGUGUUCCGUGCGUUUGCGGUGGCAUUGUGGACGUGGCGAUGGCUCGCUGCGCAGGCGAGCGAUGUUUCUGUUGUGGCUGUGUAGCUGCAGCAGCUACAGUGAAGGGCGGCGAGACACAGAUCUUCACAUCGGCGGCAUCUUCCCCAUGGAGGGAGAAGGCGGCUGGCAAGGUGGCCAGGCCUGCAAGCCCGCCGCCGAGCUCGCUUUAAUUGACGUCAACGCUCGAAAAAACCUUCUAUCCGGAUUCAAACUGUUAUUACACAGUAAUGACAGCAAGUGCGAACCAGGGUUGGGGGCGAGCGUCAUGUACAACCUGCUCUACAACCCCCCUCAGAAGCUGCUGCUGCUAGCUGGCUGCUCCACCGUCUGCACCACCGUCGCCGAGGCUGCCAAGAUGUGGAACCUCAUGGUUCUAUGCUAUGGGGCGUCGUCGCCAGCCCUGUCCGACCGCUCCCGGUUCCCGACGCUGUUCCGCACUCACCCCUCGGCCACCGUGCACAACCCCACGAGGAUCAAGCUCAUGCAGAAGUUCGGCUGGUCCCGCAUCGCCAUCCUGCAGCAGGCUGAGGAGGUCUUCAUAUCGACUGUGGAGGACCUCGAAGCUCAUUGUAAGAAGGUGGGCAUCGAGAUUGUGACGCGCCAGUCCUUUCUUUCGGACCCGGCCGACGCGGUGCGCAACCUUCGUAGACAAGACGCGCGCGUAAUCGUAGGCCUGUUCUACGUCGUAGCCGCGCGCCGCGUGCUAUGCGAGGUCUACAAACACCGCUUGUAUGGGAAAUCCUACGUGUGGUUCUUUAUUGGCUGGUAUGAAGACAAUUGGUUCGAGACUAACCUGGAAAAGGAGGGUAUAGAUUGCACAGUCGAGCAGAUGCGGGAAGCUGCAGAGGGCCACUUGACGACUGAAGCUCUCAUGUGGAACCAGAACGCCAACCAGACCACCAUCUCCGGCAUGACUUCUGAAGACUUUCGGUCACGCCUUAACGGGGUCCUGCGCGAGGCAGGGUACGACAUCGACGGAGAGCGGUUCCCUGAGGGCUACCAGGAAGCACCUCUGGCUUACGACGCCGUGUGGGCGGUGGCUUUAGCUUUCAACAAGACCAUGGAAAAACUGCAGAAAAGUGGACAAAGCCUAAAAAAUUUCACAUACACUAAUAAGAAAAUUGCCGACGACAUCUACGAGGCAAUAAAUUCUACAUCAUUUCUGGGAGUAUCGGGCUUAGUGGCAUUCUCGUCUCAAGGCGAUCGGAUAGCGCUGACUCAAAUUGAGCAGCUGACAGACAACCACUAUGUGAAGCUGGGCUACUACGACACACAGGCUGAUAAUCUCACUUGGUUGGACCGGGAGAAAUGGGUUGGUGGCAAGGUGCCUCCGGACAGGACAGUGGUUGUGAACGAACUGCGUACCGUCUCCCUGCCUCUGUUCGCCUGUAUGACGGCGUUGUGCAUCGCGGGGAUACUAGCGGCCAUCGGCCUGAUCGUCUUCAACAUCUUGAACAGACAUAGACGGGUCAUACAAUGGUCGCACCCAGCUUGCAACACUGUCAUGCUGUGUGGAUGUUGCAUCUGUCUGGGAGCUGCCGUGGCCCUGGGCGUGGACGGCCGCUGGGUGCAACCCCAACACUUCACGGGGCUCUGCGCAGCCAGGGCCUGGCUACUUGCAACUGGUUUCUCCAUGGCCUACGGAGCACUAUUCACAAAAGUAUGGCGAGUACACCGACACACGACAAAGCCAAAAGUAGAUUCCAAGAAACGCAUGCACGGCUGGAAGCUAUACACGAUGGUGGGAGGAUUGCUGAUGGUGGACGUGGCCCUGUUGACGGCGUGGCAGAUCAGGGACCCUCUGCAGCGACGGAUUGAGCUUUUCCCACUGGAGGCCCCGAGGCAUCACGAUGACGACGUCCAUAUCAGACCCGAGCUUGAGCACUGCGAGAGCGAACAUAAUACCGUUUGGCUAGGUGUGAUGUACGGGUACAAAGGUUUGGUAUUAGUGUUUGGCCUAUUCCUGGCUUAUGAGACACGAUCAGUGAAAAUCCGCUCCAUCAACGACUCCCGCUACGUGGGCAUGAGCAUCUACAACGUGGUGGUGCUGUGCCUCAUCACUGGGCCAGUCACCCUGGUCAUCGCCAGCCAACAAGACGCCUCCUUCGCGUUCGUGUCCUUGGCCAUCGUAUUCUGCUGCUUUUUGAGCAUGGCCCUUAUUUUUAUCCCUAAGGUAAUAGAAGUAAUCCGGCACCCCACGGAGCGAGCUGAGAGUGGCCGAGGAGGAUCAGGGUCAGGGUCGAUGCCCGGAGACGAGGAGCGGUAUCGAGAACUCAUCAAGGAGAAUGAGGAACUCCAAAAGCUAAUCGCGCAGAAGGAGGAGCGGAUUCGGACGCUGAAACAGAAGCUAGCGGAGCGGGAAGCGGCGGCGGCGGACGGCGUGACCCAAGAUGUACAGGACGAACACAUCUGAUCGCGCCGGCUAGCACCGAUAGACUAAAUGUUAAACUAAAAAUUAUUGCUGAUUAGAGUCUACAAACAGCAAUGUAGUGAAACUUCUUUAAAUAAUUGUAAGAAAUAAAAGUGUUCUUAUAUGGUUAGAUAAAUGAUCUAUUUAAUGUAAAUUCAAAGUGAAAUUUAGAAUUUGUUCCAUGUGUUAGUGAUUAAUAUACUUACGGGAACUGAUCAAUGAUAUAAUGCCAUUUAUCAGACUUUAUUUUUAUUAUUAUUCUGUAAGUGUACUAUACGUAUGUACGUAUGCACAGAUAGUUGAAAUUACAUACCUCUAUACAGACAUAUGCAGAAUGUUGUUCAAUAAGUUUAUUGAUUGUUGCUCAUUAUAAUUUUAUAAAACAGUAUUUUAAUCCAAUGAUUUCAUCAUAUUUACUUGAAACUAGAUAGACAUUAUCAAAAUCUAAAAUAAUUAUCUAUUUCCACUUCGAUGUCACUUGUCGCUUUGUAACUAAAAUACAUUACUCAGUUUUCAGUCGAACACAUUAUUCAGUCGAAACACAUAAUUUGACAUAUCACAAUACAAUCGAUCCCAACAACAUAGUGAAAUAGUUCAUAACAUAACGAAAUCAAAAAAUUCACUCACAGAAUGGAACGAAUUAAAUACGUCGCUCAACCACACAGUGAUAAUGCAUGCCAAAAAAUUUUGUAAAUAUCAAACAGUUAUUUAAACUGUAACAACCAAAAUCCGUCAUCUGUUAAAAUUUUAGUAAGGUAAAUACUACAGAUGUUACAAGCACUGCCAAUUAUAUAUUUAAGUAGACAAAAUGUUGUAGGUACCUAAGUGACAAACUAGUCCUAGACGUUAUUAUUAUUAAUAUUAGAAUUUUGUUUCACAAUUGCACUUCACGCUAACUUAGUUAAGCCUAACGGCUUAAAGCAGCAAUCGAUUUCCCUACAAGCAGAACUGUCCACAGUUUUUGGAAAAGAUCCAAAGAAUAGAAAUAUAAAUAAGAACAUUUUGAACAGUCGACGCUGACGUUAAGUCUUUAAAAUUUUAUAAUUGGGUUUUUAGAUGAUUCCUAAAGAAAAUAAUGCACUAUUAUGAAAAAGAACUGUAAAAGAUUUGAGGGAUCUUAUUAAUGUUAAAAUACAUCUUGAAGUGUAUUUUUGUUACUAACGCAUUGUUAGUUAAUUAGGUUUUAUACUCAUCGAAUGUUUUUUGGCAAGAGUUGCCAACCGCGUGCUUGAGUAUGAUAUCAGAUUGUACAACACAAUUACUGGCAUCUACAUUGAAAGACCGCUUUUCACAGAAUGGCUGUUACCGAAUCUUUUCUUGGCUCAUGUUCAAAAAGUUGUCUUUUUCUUUCCUAACUAUAUAAGCAAGGUUCGUCCCAAAAUCUCGCCUUUAGAGUAACUUAUGUUUCAAUUUAAAUGUUUAUUUUAAUAUCUGCUAAUAAUUUAAUGUUACCCCAUAAAUACUAAUAAACCAUAAAAAAUUAGAAACUCGAAAGAACUUAGUUUUAAAACAAGACAUUUUGCUUAACCUUCACAUCACUACCGAAUGCUUGCAUGUGUAACGAGCACGAAAAUUAUUCUGUUUAUCAAAUGUAUAUUUUACAAACAUUUUGUUCAAGUUCAAUUAAGGCAGCGAAUAUACAAGUAACAAAACAUAUCUGAAUGUUUACCUGCAGUGAAUUCAUUAUUAAGCUGUUAUGUACAUUCGGCAUUAGCCAAAGAUUUGACUGCAUAGAAUUACGACUGCGUCACAAUUGUCACCGUUAUUGUUGUUAAGUAUCUAAUGCACACUUUCUGAAUGGUCUCUUUAACUGUUGAGAGAAAAUAACUAGUUAUGUUUAUGAAAUUAUUAUAUCUACGUUCUCGUUUUAUAAAGAUUUAUAUUAUAAUCUCAGGUCAAAAUUAUUGACAGGGUAUAAUUUGGUCGUUUCGCUCCCUGAACAACGAAGUCAAAAAUCGCUGUAGUGGCGAGGCGCAAGUAGUGCGGAACUACCAAAUAUCCUUAAAGCAAUGAAACAGUUAACCAGACCGUUUAUUGAAGUCAAGUGAUGUACUAAUACUGUACAUAAAAUUUAAAUACAUAAGUACUAGGAGAUCGUUGACAUUCUAAAUUUUAUUACAUUCGAAAUCAAAUUAUGUUGUGAUCCAAUUAAUGAAGACGACUGAGUUUUGAAGUCAUACUUCAUUGAAAGGAUAGCUUAGAUAGCAUAGGAUAUUAGUAAAAUGUCAAAUUUAUAAUAGGCUUCAUUAUUGGUCGGUUACUUCCCUGUGAUCUGUAAGUUUGGUUGUUUGAACGUUUCACCGGGCCGUUUCAUUACUGUGUAAAUAAAGAGUCAUCGAAUGAUCUGAAUGUAAA